AUGUUAAGAGAUCAGAAUUUAGAAACGGAUAAAUUUUUCAAUGGCCCUUUGUACCAUCUAAACAGGAAGAGCUUGAUACUAGUCGGUGGCUGGCCUUACCUUAACCCGAGGAAAAGAGAAAUCAUAUGGUGCACUCUCAAUUUGGCCAUAUUUACCGCGUGGGUGCCAGAGUUGAUUUAUAUCAUUGAAAUAUUCGAUGAUACGCAAAAAGUGAUCUACUGCACGAUGGCGUUCCUGAUCUCGUACCUGGCUUUCUGCGCGUCGGUCAAUGCUGCCGUAAACCACAACUCGAUGAAGCAAGUACUCGAUUCUUUAAAAGACAAUUGGAAUGAUCUACAGAACGACGAAGAGCGAGAGAUUUUCGAGAAAUACGCGAAUUUCGGCAAGAUCUUCAGUAUUGGCCUGUCGGCUUGCUAUACUGGAAAUUUAUCGCUGUACUUCGUGUCGCCGCUGAUACCGUCGAUGCUGCAUUUCCGCGCCACGGGCAACUGGACCACGCCCGAGAGAAACUUCGUCGAGGUCGAGUACUUCGUCGACCCGGUCAAGUACUACUGGCACAUCUACGUUCACGGGGCACAAGCCGGCACCUGGGUGGUUUGCCUGCUGAUGGCCUACGACUCGCUCUUCAUCGUACUGGUGCAGCACUGCUGCGGCAUGUUUGCCGUUUUGGGGUAUGUGAUAAAAUUGACUUUGGAAAAUUCGUACACAAUUGGAAUGAUGGACAAAGAAGUUCAUGAUCAUCGUCACGAUCAGCAGUUGGUUGUAGAAAAAAUUGAAAAAAUUGUGAUGUACCAUCUUCACUGUCUUAAAUUCGCAAAAAAAAUCGAGAAUUCCUUCUGCAUGCAGAUGAUACAGCAGAUAAUGAUCAAUACAAUUAUAAUAAGCGUAUGCGGAUCACAAGCCAUAAAACUCGCGGACGAGUCUCUGCAGGAAUCAUUGAGAUAUUCUUUUCUGGCCGGUACGGCAAUUUUUCGUCUGACUAUUUUCAAUAUCUUGGGACAAAGCGUGUACGAUCAGAGCCUUCGGGUGCACGACUAUUUAAUGUACACCACUUGGUACGAGUACCCAAUGGAGACGAGGAAAUCAUUCAUAAUCCUUUACAAAAGAAGUGCCAAGCCUUGCAAUCUCACGGCUGCUAAGAUAGUUUGCCUGAAUCUUAUCACUCACACGAAGCUAAUGAAAACGGCGAUGACUUAUUUCAUGAUGAUUAUCCAAACGUCGUGA